AACCACUUGUCCUAAAUUCCCUCAACAAGCAUUUGCGAGCUUGCUUCUGCAAAUCUCUCUCUUUCCCUCGUAAAAAAAUGUAAUCUUUGUGAGAUCUCAGGCUGCCCCUCUUGGCUGGCUUCUUCGGAUCAAUCAAUCAAGCUCGAGAAAUUAAUUCACACAUAUAUACAAACAGAUCGAGUGCAUCAACAACUCGAAUUCCCAACACACCAUGAACACCAGCAACAAAAAGGCUGUGCACUCGCUGUUAGCUUCAAAGCUGACGCAGCUCCAUAUCCCUUCCGCCGCCGACGAGGAUCCCUCAUUAAAUUUCGAAUUCUCCGACACCUUCGGCCCCUCUCCUUCCUCCGCCUCCCCGCUCUUCCUGGGGGACCCACAAGUAAUACACCACCGCUCCCACUCAUUCGUGGGCCCCUCCCCCCGCUUCACCCUCUCCAAAUCAAUCCCCACCUUCGACCGAGACGAUUCUUCCUCCGACGACACAGGCGGCGAUGAUUUGAGGGUGGAGGAGGAGGCUGGGGCUGAGGCAGCGGAGAAAUUGGGGCCGGGGGAUUUUGAGAUUAUGAGGGUGAUUGGGAAGGGCGCGUUUGGGAAGGUUUUUCAGGUUAGGAUGAAGAAGAAAAGUGGCGGUGGAGGUGGAGAUGGGAUUUACGCGAUGAAAGUGAUGAAGAAGGAUACGAUCAUCAAGAACAACCAUGUUGAUUAUAUGAGGGCUGAGAGGGAUAUUCUCACCAAAGUUGUGCACCCUUUCAUUGUGCAGCUGCGCUAUUCGUUUCAGACCAAGUCUAAGCUGUAUUUGAUACUCGAUUUUAUAAAUGGAGGCCAUCUAUUUUAUCAUCUCUACAGGCAAGGGAUCUUCAGUGAGGACCAGGCAAGGGUAUAUACUGCUGAGAUUGUAUCUGCAGUCUCACAUCUUCACGAGAACGGGAUUGUGCAUCGAGAUCUAAAACCUGAAAACAUUCUCAUGGAUGCUGAUGGGCAUAUCAUGCUCACUGAUUUUGGACUGUCUAAGGAGAUUAGUGAAUCGAGCAGAUCAAACUCGCUAUGUGGGACAACCGAAUAUAUGGCUCCUGAGAUCUUGCAAUCAAAUGGGCAUAACAAGAAUGCUGAUUGGUGGAGCGUUGGCAUCCUUUUGUAUGAAAUGCUAACCGGGAAGCCGCCGUUCGUGCAUGCUAACAGGAAGAAGCUGCAGGAGAAGAUCAUAAAAGAAAAAUUGAAGCUUCCACCACGCUUGACAAGCGAAGCUCACUCUUUACUUAAAGGACUGCUCCAAAAGGAUGCGGUGAAUAGAUUAGGCAGUGGGCCUAGGGGCGCGGAAGAGAUCAAAUCUCACAAAUGGUUUCGUACCAUCAACUGGAAGAAGAUAGAGGAGAGAGAACUCGUGCCAAAGUUCAAGCCAGACGUGAGUGGCCAAGAUUGCACAGAGAACUUCGACAAAUGUUGGACUGCGAUGCCUCUGGAUGACUCCCCGGCGCCUACUCCAACAGCCGGGGAGCAUUUCCAUGGGUACACUUACAUCGCUCCUAACCCGUGGCUCUCGUCUGAAUAAUGAAACAACUCGAGUUGAUCCUAAGGAAGCUUGGGUAGAUUGCCUCAACCUUGCAAGUGAUUCUUGUUUCUCCAUGCCUGGUUUAUCUUAUGUUAAACAUUGGAAUAGCUUUUUAUUUUAUAGAUAAUUAUGUAUAUUAAGUCCUUUAGGAUUCUACAUACCUUUGUAUCCUUGGGGUAAGUCAUUCUUGAAUUAUAUGUAGGAAACCAUUAUCAAAAGCAAGAUCAUCAGAUUUUUCAAA